AUGUCGUUCUACGGCACGCGGACUGCCACGACGCCCACUGGCGGCGCAGUGAGCACUCAGAUGAGUUACUACAACAAAGCAAGUGCGACAAAUCUGCCCAACGGCCCUCGCGACACCAUUUCACAGCUCGGUUGGUCGAGUGAGGGGAGUCUCUUGAGCUGUACGAGCUGGGACAAGACCGUUCGCCUGUGGCAAAUCUCCGCAGGCUUCGGAAACCAAAUCCAGGCGGCCGCAAAAGUUUGCAUGGAAGCCCCGGCGCCUCUCCUCUGCUCCACCUUCGGCCCCAGUCCAAACCACCUCUUUGUGGGGUGCUGCGACAAGACUGUCAAGCUCUACGAUUUGAACGCGAGCUCGUCAAAUCCACAAGUCGUUGCGCAGCAUGAUCAACCGGUGUGCAGCGUCGCGUGGAAUCCAAUUCACAAUGUCGUUGUUACGGCGAGCUGGGACGGAUACGUGCGCAUGUGGGACGGCAAGCAGCAACAGCCCGUCUGGCAACAGAGCGUCGGCGGCAAGCAGCCUACGAAGAUCGUUCCGCCCCUCCAGAAGCUGCAGUCGCGUUCGAUCGGUCUUUUCCCUGACAAAGAGCACGAGCUCCCGGGAGUCGCCGUCGGAAGCGUCGAGGGACGCGUCGGCAUCUGCCAUUUCAAGCAGGAACAUCGAAACAUGAACUUCAGUUUCAAGUGCCACAGACAAGAAACGCGUCAGGGCGUCCAGAUCUACGCAGUGAACACGAUCGACUUUCAUCCGAAGCACGGAACCUUCGCCACUGGGGGUGCUGACGGAUCGAUUGUCUGCUGGGACAAAGUGAACCGACAAAAGCUGCGAGCAUUCGACAACAUGGGCAACAGCGUCACGGAUGUCAAGUUCAACCCAACAGGCAACAAUCUCCUCGCCUAUGCGGUCUCCUACGACUGGUCUAAGGGACCGGAUCAACAGGAGCUCAACAAAGGCCACCAGGUGUACGUCCACAUGGUGAAGGACGAAGACAUUCGCCCACGGCCGAAGACGACGACGCGCCGAUAA